AUGCUGGGCCUGGUUGUGGGGAGCCUGGGGGUGCUGAGCUUGAGCGUGCGGAGCCUGGGGUUGCUGAGUUUGAGGGUGCGGCGCGUGGGGAUAGUGAGGCCGCAGGUCCUUCGGGUGUCUUGUUACGAGGGGAGUCUCUCUCUCCACUACAGCUGCGCGAGUGGUUUGCUCAGCGCUGGAGCCUCCGGAGUGGUGCUGCUGGAGCUGGAGCUGCUGGAGGUGAGGGAGCCGCUAGUUUGCGAGGUGCUCGUUCUGGAGGUACUGGAGCUAGAGGUGCUGCUAGAGCUGGAGCUGCUGGAGGUGCUGGAGCCGCUGGUCUCGGAGGUGCUCGUACUGGAGGUACUAGAGUUACUGCAGCUUGGGGUGUUGUUGGAGCUGGAGCUGCUAGAGCUGCUGGAGCUGGGGAUGCUGCUGGAGCUGGAGCUGCUGGAGCAGGGGGUGCUGCUGGAGCAGGAGGUGCUCGAGAUACAGGAGCUGGUGGAGAUACUGGAGCUGCUGGAGACCCUAGAGCUGGAGGUGCUGGCCCUUGGGGUGCUGGUGCUGUUGGAGCUGGUUCUGGAGGCGCUAUGCGACCGCGACCGUACUUUUCAUUCUGUUCCACGUCAGUGUCCUCUUCCUGUCCCCGGCACGCACCAAAUGGCACUUCGUCCUUCCUCUGUUUCACUGCCUGUCCCUCUGCCGUCUCCUCCGGCAUCCUCUCUUGCUGACGAAUUGGACCCUGAGUCCGGCUCACUUUGUGCUGCUAGUCCUACUCUCACACAUGUUCUAGCCACUGUUGUCAUUGACCAUUUCUUUGACUCCACUACUGCGUUUGCCCUAGUUGCUGAGCUUGUUGACUUUGCUACCGCCUAUCGCCUAGACUACGCUGCUACUCUUGUUGCUGAGUCUGAAUCUGUCUGUCCUCCGUCCGUCAGGGUUGCUGCUCAGCGUGACUACGAGCUUCACUCUCUUGACUUCAGCACUGCUUUCCUACAGGGCAGCCUGCACGAGGAGAUCUGGCUGCGCUGCCCACCUGGCUUUACUGUCUCAUUUCUUGCAGGUACCCAGUGGAGCCUCCGACGGCCAAUCUACGGUCUCCGCCACGCGCCUUGCGAGUGGCACGACACACUGAAGAUGUCGCUUGUGGCUCUUGGGUUGGCUCCUUCGACUGCUGACCCGUCGCUCUUUCUGCGCACCGACACUUCGUUACCGCCGUUCUACAUCCUAGUGUACGUCGACGACUUGGUCUUUGCCACUGCUGACAGUGCUGGAAUAGCCCACGUGAAGUCGGAGCUGCAGUAG